UCUUCAAUGAUGAAAAGCAUAUUUGAACCACGCCAGCGAAAAAUUUAAAAUGAGUCAACAAAAAAGUACCAGCAUAAAGGAUAUAUUGAACGCCCUCACACAAGCUGAGAAGGCAUUACUAGAUGAAUUACAACUGGAGAAAAAGAUUGCCAAGACUGAAAUAUUAAGUCUUAGCAAUGAACUGGCAUCCCUGUCAGACUCUGAUGACAAAGCUGUGUUGGAAGAGGCAGAGAAGAACAAAGCUGAGUUGAGCAAGUUGGAGGGACCUCUAGCUCAGUCGGCUGCCGAGGUGGCCAGACUCAAGGAGCAGGUGGAGGAAGCAAAGGAGACUUUAAAAAAUAUGGCUCAGCAACACAAGGACAACAGAGCUUAUCCAAGCGCUAGGUAUGCAGUUAAUCUUUACCGUGAGAUAAGCAAGAUUACAUGGCAAAUUGAUGAUGGAAAACCCCAUGAGAUCAAAGGCUUUGUUUCAAGCAGGAAAUCAGGUGUGAAGUCCUUUUGCUUUGACUCACAGAAACAGUCCCAGUUUUUUAUCACCAACUCUCUGUGGGAUUUGGCGAAGGAUGAGGACUCUUGGUAACCAUGGUUACCAGCUGCUUAUGGUUUGAACUGGAGCUGUUUCUUUUGUUGAUCAAGAUACUGCCAUUGUUUAUGUGCCUUCUACAAGUUGCAGCACUGGUUGGGAGUCAUCAUUUGGGGUGGGGUGGGGGGUUAAGAUUCAGUAGAGAGAAUGCCUUUAUUGACCAUUUAUUGUUUUAUUUUUGUGCAAUGUAACUGUCUUAUUGAUAAUUAAAGAAAGUAAAAAUGGCUGGGCAUUCUGCUGAACACACUAUCCCUUCAUAAGCCUAGGUCACAGAAACAAGUGGACUCUACUUCACUUGCCCUAUGGACAGUCAAGUUCCAAAAUGGAACUUUACUGUCUUAUUAAAAUUGAAAGUCCGUUUUUUAAUAUAGGGUUAAAUGUUUUAUUAAGCAAUGUACAUAGUGCUCAUUACAAUUAUCAAAUAAAUGUAACUCUUAAAUAUUUAAAUUAAAUUUACAUCUGUAAUUGUAUUUCUUUGUUUAUUCGACAUAAUUCACCUGAUACCUUCACCCACACAUAUGGGACAUAAUGAAGUAGAGUUCAUUAUUACAACAGCAUAUAAAUAGAAUCUGUGGACACAGAGUUUCUUCCAGGCAUCUCUUCGGGAAGGGGAAG